CAGCAUUUAAGUUGUUUGCAAAAGAAAUAUGAGGUACAUAUUCUACCACAAUUCCUUUUUGUCUCCUCCACUUGUAAUACUACUAAACCAUAUACUAUUCUCUUCUCUCUACACCAGUAACCAAAUCUAACUCCAAUUUCCUUGAUUCUUUACACCAUACUACUCAAAAAUCCAUCUAGUACUAUAUAGUAUAUUUUCUUGCUUAAUUUCCUAAAAUGUCUUGCACCAACUCUUCUCUUUGCUACUAUACAACUACUAUUUAAAAAGUUAACCAUCACUUUGACAUGAAUGGGAAAUGACAGAUAUCUCAUCAAGACAAGAAGCAAUAGUAGAAAUACAAGUAGCAGAAGGAGAAGAGAAAUUAGGAUCAGAAUUAGUAGUAGUAGUAGAAGAAGAAGAAGAAGAAGAAGAAGAAGAAGAAGAAGAAGAAGAAGAAGAAGAAGAAGAAGAAGAAGAAGCAAGAUGUGAAUGGGAUUUUCAUCUUUCUACUUUCAUUUCUAAUUCUUGCAAUAAUAGCCUUAAUGGAUCUGCUUGUGACACACUUGGUGUUUUAGAAUUUGACGCUUCUGGUAAUUUCUUAGCUUCUGGUGGAAUAGCUAGGAAAAUUAGAAUUUACAACGUAAAUUCUUUGUUACAAGAAGAGAGAGAAGGUGGAGGGCUUGUUUCUUUGGAUCAUGGCAAUGCAUGUAACUUUUACAUGUGUACUCCAGCAAAGCUCAGUAGUCUAAAGUGGAAACCCGGAUGGGGGAGUCGGGUUAUAGGGUCGGGUGAUUAUGAUGGAGUUGUUCUGGAAUAUGACUUAGAGAAGAAAAUGCCCGUUUUCGAACGAGAUGAGCAUGGUGGUAGACGGAUUUGGAGCAUUGACUAUUCCCAUUCGGAUCCGGUUUUGGGUGCAUCCGGGUCGGACGACGGAACCAUGCAAAUGUGGGACCCCCGUUGCGGGGACGACGGGAAGUACUUGGCUAAGGUACAACCUAGCAAGCAAUGUAAUCCAGUAUGUUGCGUCGAAUUCAAUCCGUUUAAAGGUCCAAUCGUGGCCGUUGGAUGCGCUGACCGGAGGGUCUACGCGUACGAUGUGAGGAGAAUGACGGACCCACUUUUCGUCCUCGACGGACAUCAAAAGGCGGUUACUUACAUUCGGUUUCUUGAUGAACAUACCAUUGUGUCUUCAAGUGUAGACGGAUGUUUAAAAAUGUGGGAUGCGGAGAAUCAACAUGUUAUUCGUACCUAUAAGGGCCACGAUAAUAGUAGGAGGUUCGUCGGGUUAUCGGUGUGGAGACCCGGUGGAUUAAUUUGUUGUGGCUCGGAAAGUAACCAAGUCUAUGUGUAUGACAAGAGAUGGGGUGAGCCAAUAUGGGUCUACGGGCGCGAACCCAUGGGUGUAACGGGGUACAACCCUGGGUUCAUUAGUAGCGUAUGCUGGCAGCAAAAGGAAGAAAAUCGAUGCACACUCGUGGCCGGGGACUCAGAUGGAGUUUUGCGAGUUUUUAGUGGUAAAAGAAGAUGUCUGGCAGAAUUAUAAUUGAUUGAGGCUAAAUCAUUUACCAGAGAGAAGGUUUUGCCAUAAGCAUAUGACAAAAUGUGUACUAUUAUUUUUCAUGCGAAGUCAUCGAAACAAUGGCCAACCCAAAAAGGUAACCCUUAUUUUUUUUUUUUUUUUUUUUUUUUUUUUUUUUUUUUUUUUUUUUUUUUUUUUUGCACUUCUUCUCUUUCGUUUACAGGAAUUAGAGGAAUUGUUGGUCGUUUACAUUGUCUGAAAUAGGUAGAGGAUUUUAUAGAGAAAUCUAAAGAAAAAGGGAAAGAAUUUCAAUGCCAUUUUAUUCCUUGUUCUCUCUUCAAGGUGACUGUAAUAAAAGCGAAUAUUACUGACAGAAAUUUUUAUAUGUAUGCUUUUGCUGAAUAUCAGCAAUGCUGAAAGUUAUAACGAAUAUAUUC